GCUGACCUCCUUUCUACGUAUCAUGAUAGUGAAGCUGACAGGUCGCCGGCUCUAGCCCUUUUAAUAGUUCUAUAUAAUAGCUCUAAUAGCUCUAAUAGCAGCCACUUGAAACUUGUCGUGUCUAGUAAAAACGGGGUAAAACAACUCGGGUUGCCUAGAUUGCUUAGGCAUUAGGUAUUAGGGCAGUAUUAAGACAGUAUUAAAGAGGGCAAAAAUGGACACUAGUAUUAUGGAAAAUGCAAGGAUGGGUUGCAGAAGUUAAGAGAUACUAAACCGGAUCAGCUUCAUGAGUGGUUCAGUUGCUAACAAGUCUCCCCACUCCACCUCUCCUACUGGUGCAGGACUGCCCAACACGGGCUGCAGGCCGUCUACGCCCAAACCACCCAGGCCAACGGAGACCAUACAGCUACCACCACAUACGAAAUGUCCCCAUUCGUGAGUGACAUGUGGCAUUGCCCGCAACCGACUGUCUGGGGAUGUCGUUCCACAACAGCCGGUAGAGCUAUUGGUAUUAGCGGCCCUUUUUGCCUUACUGCGUGAUGUCUUAAACGUUUGAAAUAUCCAUUCAUAGAUGGGGAGCUUUGCUCCUCAAGCCUGCAUCGUUUUUUACCAAACUUGCCACUCACAUUACAAGCUUAACUUUUAAGAGACCAUAAACCAAGCUUAACCAAGCUCCGUAUUCGACGACUCCAUCUCAUAAUCACAUAAUCACAUAAUCUGUUUACUUGCUAUCUUGACCUUGGUUCCGGAAUGGCUACUACCAGAUACCUGCCUGACAUCGUCCCUCGACGGGAAUCGUCACCAAGGCCGAAGAGUACCGAAAGACGACGGCCCCGCUUACUCAGGGCUUGUGCCACAGAACCUUCUAUCACUACCUCCAACGCUUGUAAGGGACUGUUGACGAGCCCGAACACAAGCCGGAGAGCAACGGAUCUACUUAGCCGCGUCGCAAUAUCCAAUGCCAACUCGUCGCCAUCAUCAACAACACGGAGCUUCGGCCUAGACUCAUCUGAGAUGCGCGAGGCUCGUCUAUCAUCAGACUCUACCCGCGAUCCACACUCGGUAUGCUACUUCAGCUUCCCCAGCUUCGACGCCUGGGAAGUUGGCGAACAUCCAGACGAGGAGAAAGUGGACAGGACGGUCUAAUUCCUAAUCCCUAAUUCGCGGCCGCGCCCCCGAAGCGCUCUCGUGUUGGGGGGCGGGACCCGCGGGGGUUCCCCGAAUUUUUUUCAUCUCACCCAAUACAAUACGAACUCGUCUUACCUACUUUUUCUUUUUUCUUUGUUUCCCCACAACGCGAUUAACGGGAGCGGACAAUAAGCAUGACAACGGGUCAACAGGCGCUGGAGCAUUGCUAUUUGUUGCUUGCUUGUUUUUAUUUAUUUAAUGUUUGGUUUUCCUCGCAAGGCAGCAAGGGUAACCACUAGGAUAUAUGUAUCAUCAGGCCUGACGGAGGUAGUUGGUGGUGGUGGUUUUGGGACAGGCGCUCGGUGAAAACAUUGGAAUUGAUACAGGGCACACACACACAGACAGACACAGACACACACAGAGAGAGAAACAAUGGAUUGCGAGAUCUACUGGGUUGUGAGGAGUAAAAUGGGAUACCCCCGUUCGAAACAGCGACAGGACAGGACAGGACAGGAUAGGACAGGAUAGGAUAGGAUGGGAUAGGACAAGAGAGAUAAAAGUUAGAUUUGCCUGUUGGGCUGGGUUCUAACUCGCCUUGUUAUAUCUUAAUAUCUACAAUACCUAUACGAAUAAAUAAAACUUCUAAAAUUUGAAUAAA